ACUCAAAGUGCGACUAAAUGGCGUUUCAAUCCAGACUCGUUGAUGUUUUUCGAGCGCCAAGGUCGGAAUAUCAGAAUGUUAGAUGCAGAUGCUAGCCUCGUUACAGAUAUCACUUUACCGGAGGGCAGCCGAAUCCAGAAUGUACUACCUGUUAAUCCGUACACUCAUCUGAUCGAAUUAAGAGACAGAUAUGCAUUAAUGAGUUUUGAAGAAGACGGUCGUUGUUUAUUAAGAGCAGUUGAUACACCGACGAACAUACCAAAAAACUUAUUAUGUAGCAGGAACGUUGAAAUUGCAUCUAAUAAACAACCGUUACAUAUAAUUGCAUCUGAUCAGUAUUAUGCAAUUACGUCGAAUGGUUUUCCAAUGACUUUUAGCGCAGGGGAGGUGAACGUUUCAAAACGUGAACAAGAUUCAUCUCACGAUGAUGUUCAUUCGAACAAGCCUUAUCAGUACGCUCACCCUCAUUUGAAUUCGUUGAUUCUCGACAGUGGACAUAUUGUCAGAGCGAUGCCGCACUGGAGAAUACCAGCGAAAGCGAUUCACGAAGAUAUUUCACCGGAUGAUUAUGUUGGUGUUCUGGAGAUAGUUGAUCCGUUGAACGAAAAUGAUUCCAUCUCAUCAGCGCUGAACGCAUGGGAAAAAUUGUUCGGUGAUCAAACUGACGAAUCAUUGAGACUAGAAUUUGGAAAAGAUGACUUCGAUAUGAGCAAGUUGGAUGAUCCAAAAAUCGGAAAAGUCGACCCCGCGAACACACCGCAUGUAGGUGGCAGCACAUGGGCUGGUGGUACUGGCGGGUAUAAUACAGCUGGAUUGGGUGGCGUUGGAGGUCCUUUCAGAUUAGACGCAGGUCACGAUGUGCAUCAAUUACCUCAAAAUGCGAAAGAUGCAGUGCCCGAGCACAUUCGGAGAAAGGCACGAGAAAUUGCGAAAAGUGAAUACAAGAAACGACUUCACGAAAUCGAUAUGAGUGAACACGAUGCAAAAAUGUAUAACGCAUUAUACGGUCGUAUCGAGAAGCAGUCACGUAUACUGCGCAGCGUGAUCGAUUCGUUGGAGGCGAAAGCAAAAGAGCGCCAGUGGAUCAGACAUCAAACAAACGGUGAUUUGGAUGAUGCAAAAUUGGUUGAGGGUAUCACUGGUGAAAGGACCAUUUACAGACGCCGAAUAGACCAAAAACCAGACGAAAGUGCCGAACAGAACAAACCAAAAAGAAUUCGUUUUUGCUUCGAUGUCUCUGGAUCAAUGUAUCGAUUCAAUGGAUAUGAUCAACGUCUACAACGAUCGCUCGAGAGUGCAUUGUUGGUUAUGGAAUCGUUACACGGCAAACAUUCAAAAAUUAUUUACGAUAUAGUUGGGCAUUCGGGGGAAAGCGAGAAAGUUUCAUUCGUUAAAUUGAAUAAUUCACCAAGCAAUGAAAACUCAAGACUGAAGGUUCUCAAGAAAAUGCUACUUCAUUCACAGUUUUGCAUGAGUGGAGAUUCAACGUUGGAAUGUAUGCAGCUAUCAGCAGAUGAAAUCUCGAAGGAGGAUUCAGAUGAACGAUUCGUUGUAGUUGUAUCUGACGCGAACUUUGAUAGGUUCUUAUUGUUUUAUAAAACCAGUUGA